UGGCUCCUCGAGUGCUGCCUUGUCUUUCUUUUCUCCUUCGGCCGGCUGCCUGCGCUCGCCUUACCUGUACACUACACUCCUUUGCGCCUGCACCGGCCUGCAGCACACGACUCGCACCCCGCAUACGACACGCAUACACGACACGCACACUCCCGGACUGCUGCAGCCAAACUUUCGCUAGCCCGCCAUGUUCGAGCCCAGCAAACCGAAGAUCAAGACGCGGACCGUCACCAUACUGAAGAAGGUCGCCCCGCCGCCAGCACCGCGCACGCCUGCAUCGAAUGGGAGGACCGCCAGCGGAGGCAGCAGUGCUGCGCGCCCAGGUGCGACAGCGCCGGCAGCGAACCGAUACCAGCUCUCCUCGUCCUCGUCGGCGCAACGGCCACGGCCGGUUGCACGAGAGUCGCCGGCCGUCUCGAACAUGCGCAAACGAAAGGUCACGCCCAGCACGCCGCCGCUGUGGGCGAGUAGCGACGAGUCGAGCGACGAGUCGAGCGACAGGCUGGCAGUCGGGGGGUCGAGCAAGAGGCUGAAGAGCAACAGCAUAGAGCCCACCGGCAUGAACCGCCAGCUGGAGCCCGACAUGAGCCGGCGCAUACGGAUACGGCGAGACUCGGAGACGAACGGGGACGCGGACGCGCACUCGAAUGGGACGUCCGCACGGAAGCAGGAGAACGGCGAGGCUGGCAGCAAAAGCGACCGCUCGCGGCGAGGUAGCCUCACACACGGCCUCGUCAUGACCCAGGGCGCCUUCGCAAAGAACUACAAGCCCGCCUGGCCGGGUCCUAACAAGGUCCCGCUCCUCGAGCUGCAGUACCCCAGCCCUCUCCCACCCGAGUCCUUCCAAGCCAAGAUCCCCACCGACCCCUCCGAAUACAAUCCUCUCGGCGACAUCCAGUUCACUAUCGAAGAGAUAAUAACGCACUACCUCCCUGUCGACCUCUUCCCCUCACUCUCCUCCGACGUGACCGGGCCAGUGCGAAAACUCAAGCGCGCAGCCGCCUCAGGCACGUUCGCCGACUACCAGCUCGAACUGAUAAGAUUCAACAAGCUGGUCAAGUCGAAACUGGCCGAUGGCACAAUCCAAGCGAAAAUGGACGCCAUGCACGCCAUCCCCCUCAGCCUGGUGAAACACAUGACCCAACAGACAUAUGCGCGCAUCGUCUCGCCUCUCUCGCACAAACUGCGGAAAGUAAAAGGGAAGGAGACGACAUACGGCGAGCUAAUGCCCGUCUUUGUGCACAAAAUCUUCGCCCAGACGAACCUGCACUCCGGCCACGUCUUCGUCGACCUCGGCUCCGGCGUGGGCAACGUCGUCCUGCAGUCCGCACUGCAAACAGGCGCCGAGAGCUGGGGGGUCGAGAUCAUGGAUCUCGCCGCCAGUCUGGCUACGAAACAAGCUUCCGAACUGAAAGCCAGGGCCCGGCUGUGGAACAUCAACAUCGGCGCCAUGCACCUUCUGCACGGCAAUUUCCUCGAGUCCCCCGCCAUCGAUUCGGUGCUGGCUAGAGCCGAUGUCGUGCUCGUGAACAACAAGGUCUUUGGCGAGGAGCUGAACAACGCGCUGUUGCAGAAGUUUUUAGACUUGAAGAUUGGGUGCAAGGUUGUGUCGUUGGAGAGCUUCGGGGGCGGGGUGACCAAGGGAGUGCGGAAUGAGCAGAGUAUUGCGGGCCUGUUCGACGAGGAGCGGUACGAGAGCGGGACGGAUUGUGUGUCUUGGGCGGGCGAGAGUGUCGAGUACUUCAUUGCGACAAAGGCGAGAUAGUACCAUCGCUCCGUGCGAUGGGCUGCUCUGCGCUCGUACGGGGGAAGUGGGCUGGCGCUGUGCGAAAGACGUAGCGACAUCGCAGUCUAGCGGCAGCAUGCAUCGGAGCGGUUGGGAAGCAACCCGGUGGUGCAUUUGGACUGAGCUGCGGUUCGCCCGCGAUUUUGUGCAGCUGGGUUUGCAUUGGAAUUUGGGCUGGGCCGAGUGCUUUGCAUCGAUACCCAUUUCGAUUCGGUACUUUUGGUAGGAAAGCUGUGUAAAUAGACAUACAUACAUACUUUGUCAAUAUCAAAACAUAAACAUUCACCGAGGUCUCCACUUAU